AUGGGAAAUCAAUAAAAAAAAAGGAAGUAAUAGAAUAACUCUAUAAGUAUUCUAUAAGAUUUAGUGAAAUCUGACUUGAAAGCUCUAACUCAUAUUGACUUACAAUUAAAAAAUUGCACUCUUAGUAACUAAUAAGUUGCUUAACUUAACAAUAGUUUAGUAUAAUGCUAAAAAUUAGAAUCUUUAGUACUAAAUCUUAAUAAGGAAAAUAUUUCAGAGGAUCAGAUAAAUUAAUUAUUUGCUAAAUAUCCCUACAUAAAGAAUUUUGUUGAAACUGGUAAUAAUGUGAGCAAUGACUAAAUAUACACCCAAAUUUUGUUUUUCCUAAAUCAUUUUAAUGCUAUUCAUGAUUGUCAAGAACUUAGAUUAAAUGAUAUUGAAGCUUAAGGAGAUAUUCUAUUAAAAGAAACUAUGAGUAAUCUAAUUAAUCUCAACAGUUUAUAGCUAAAUUUAGAAGGAAAUUAAUUAGGAGAUUAAGGUUCAGUUUGGAUUUGUAAAUUAUUACGUAAAUGCAAAACACUUAAUAACUUAAAUCUGCAGCUUUGGAAAAAUAAAAUAGGUGAUAGAGGGAUAUCGAGUAUUGCAGAGGGUAUUUGUAGUUGUUCUAAACUAACGACUUUAACUUUAAAUGCAGUUGAAAAUUUAUUUGGAAAAGAAGGUGCAUUUUCUAUAAGUAUGACGUUAAGUAGUUGUAAAAUGCUGAUUAAUCUAGAUAUUAACCUCUCUAACAAUUUAAUUGGAGAAGAAGGAGCAUCAGUUAUUUGUAUAUAUUUAGGCACCUGUUAAUUACUUGAGAAUUUAAAAUUAAUACUAUGUAAUAAUUAAAUUGGGGAUGGAGGAGCAUAUAACUUAGGAAUAGCAAUAAGUAACUUAAAGUUACUUAUUAAUUUAAAAUUUUGUCUUAGCGAAAAUAAAUUAUCUGAUAAAGGAGCAAUAUAAGUUGGAUUAGGUUUAAGUAAGUGCAAUCUACUUAAGAAUUUAGAUAUUGGAUUAUACAAAAAUUAAAUCGGGGAUGAUGGAGCUUCUACUAUUGGUAAAGCACUUGGUAACUACAAGUUCCUAACUAAUCUCAAAUUUUCCAUUUGGGACAAUCUAAUAGGUGAUAAAGGAGCAUAAAAUAUUGGAUUAGGUUUGAGUAACUGCACUCAACUUACAAAUUUAGAAUUCUACAUAAGCAAAAAUUAAAUUGGCGAUGAUGGAGCUUCUAGUAUUGGUAAAGCGCUUGAUAACUGCAAGUUCCUAACUAAUCUCAAAUUUUACAUUGAGUUCAAUAAAAUCGGUGAUAAAGGAGCUUAAAAUAUUGGAUUAGGUUUGAGUUACUGCACUCAACUUACAAAUUUAGAAUUUGCCCUAAGCGUAAAUUAAAUUGGCGAUGAUGGAGCUUCUUCUAUUGGUAAAGCACUUGGUAACUGCAAGUUCCUAACUAAUCUCAAAUUUAACAUUGAGUUCAAUAAAAUCGGUGAUAAAGGAGCUUAAAAUAUUGGAUUAGGUUUGAGUUACUGCACUCAACUUACAAAUUUAGAAUUUUUCAUAAGCGUAAAUUAAAUUGGCUAUGAUGGAGCUUCUUCUAUUGGUAAAGCACUUGGUAACUGCAAGUUUCUAACUAAUCUCAAAUUUUACAUCUCGGACAAUCUAAUAGGUGAUAAAGGAGCAUAAAAUAUUGGAUUAGGUUUGAGUAACUGCACUCAACUUACAAAUUUAGAAUUUGUCCUAAGGUAUAAUUAAAUUGGCGAUGAUGGAGCUUCUAAUAUUGGUGCAGCACUUGGUAACUGCAAGUUCCUAACUAAUCUCAAAUUUUACAUCUCCAGCAAUCUAAUCGGUGAUAAAGGAGCUUAAAAUAUUGGAUUAGGUUUGAGUUACUGCACUCAACUUACAAAUUUAGAAUUUUACAUAAGUAAAAAUUAAAUUGGCGAUGAUGGAGCUUCUACUAUUGGUAAAGCACUUGGUAACUGCAAGUUCCUAAAUAAUCUCAAAUUUAACAUUGAGUUCAAUAAAAUCGGUGAUAAAGGAGCAUAAAAUAUUGGAUUAGGUUUGAGUAACUGCACUCAACUUACAAAUUUAAAAUUUGUCCUAACCUUUAAUUAAAUUGGCGAUGAUGGAGCUUCUACUAUUGGUAAAGCACUUGGUAACUGCAAGUUCCUAACUAAUCUCAAAUUUAACAUUGACGGCAAUAAAAUCGGUGAUAAAGGAGCUUAAAAUAUUGGAUUAGGUUUGAGUAGUUGCACUCAACUUACAAAUUUAGAAUUUGUCCUAAGGUAUAAUUAAAUUGGCGAUGAUGGAGCUUCUUCUAUUGGUAAAGCACUUGGUAACUGCAAGUUCCUAACUAAUCUCAAAUUUAACAUUGAGGACAAAAAAAUAGGUGAUAAAGGAGCAUAAAAUAUUGGAUUAGGUUUGAGUAACUGCACUCAACUUACAAAUUUAGAAUUUGUCCUAAGGUAUAAUUAAAUUGGCGAUGAUGGAGCUUCUUCUAUUGGUAAAGCACUUGGUAACUGCAAGUUCCUAACUAAUCUCAAAUUUAACAUUGAGGACAAUCUAAUAGGUGAUAAAGGAGCAUAAAAUAUUGGAUUAGGUUUGAGUAACUGCACUCAACUUACAAAUUUAGAAUUUGUCCUAAGGUGUAAUUAAAUUGGCGAUGAUGGAGCUUCUAAUAUUGGUAAAGCACUUGGUAACUGCAAGUUUCUAACUAAUCUCAAAUUUUACAUCUCGUUCAAUAAAAUCGAUGAUAAAGGAGCAUAAAAUAUUGGAUUAGGUUUGAGUAACUGCACUCAACUUACAAAUUUAGAAUUUUACAUAAGGUAAAUUUAUUUCAUUUAUAACAUUUAAAAAAUUAUGUCAAACCAUUUUAUUAAAACUAAAUUAAACGUGUAAAAAUGGAAAAUUGUUUGA